CUUAACAUCAACACCCUUAAAACGCAUCAAACAAAUAUAUCAAAUCACCUAAACACAGACUAUAAUCAUUUCAAUGCACGCAUUUUAGAAACAUUUUAAUGCUAAUUAAUUUGUACAACUAAUGGAAGGUCAGAUGUUGAUGAUUUGACAACAUAAUGGUUCAUUAGCAACAGCAGGCAUUUAUCUAAAGGGAGACGAAGCCGUCAUCUGUGAUACUUUCAGGUAACAAGAAAAGUACGCGUUAUAUGAAAAGACCGAUGGCAUUGUUCAACUUCCAACUUCUUUUCGUGGUAUUAGUCGCUGAGAUUUGUUAUACAGCAAACGCCUUUUCAGUUGAAGAGCUAUGCAAAGGACACAAUGAUAUAAGAUUGGCCCACGAUACUGAGUGUCAGCUGUAUUAUGAUUGUUCCUCGUCGGAGGCUCCAAGUUUUGCCAAGGGCGAAAAAUAUCUUCGUGAAUGCAAAUAUCCCCAGCUGUUCUCGACACGCACGCUUCGGUGUGAAGAUUUUCAAAAUGUACGAUGUGACAGGAGAAAAGAGCUCAAACAAGCAUGUGACUACAGAGCAAAUCAAUGCAACGGACCAAAUUGCAUUUCCUGCAAAGUAAUGUUCCCCAGCUGUGAAGGUUACGAUGACGGAGAACAUCCACACAGCACAAAAGAAGGAAGUCCCUGGAAGAUGGAAUGUUACAAAGAGAGACUGAUGAAAACUUUUAUUCCGGAUACCUUUCAGCGCCGUCCAUACAGGAAAAUCAUUAAAGAAGUGUGAUGAUGCUAACAUGACAAUACGUUUUCAUGCUCAUGUAAUCGAAGAUUUGCGGGCAUAGAGUGUGUGGUCUCUCUGUUUGUCUGUGUCACCGCAAAAUUAUUGACAUUGUGACCUUUUUUUCUUGGUGUAUGAGCAAACUUUAACUUUGGCCAUACCAUAACUUUUAUGGCUUCAGUAUUUCACAUGAGUAUUUUUUGUGACAAAACAUUUCUUUUCGUACCAAAAUGUUUAGCAUCAUGACCUUGACUUUGGAGUUUAGCCAUACAGAGGCAUCAGUAUUUCAUAAACACAACUUCUUCUUUUUAUAUCCAUUUCAAAAUUGUAUGCUAGUUCAUUACAAAAUUUAGACAAAAA